UCCUGUUCUUCCCAUGGAAUAAUGGAAGUUGGAAAAUAGAAGAGAAAAAUCAACUGAGAAUUGCUAAACUGCUCAGAAGUUGGAAGCGUUGAAAGGGAAAACUGGAAAAGUGUCUGAAAGACAAAGACGGGAUUUUUGUUGAUUCGAAAAAGUCCCUUAUUUUUAUCUACUCUCGAUCGAAAUUUUCUCUUGAUUCCGAUUUAUUCUGAUAAAAAUCGGUUGCAAAACACGUGACAGCUGAUCAAUCAAGUGAGAUCAAGUACAAGCAUACAAGUUGCAUUUUGUGUAAAUGUGAGUGAUUUCGCGACAAAAGUACGAAAGCAUGGCUGGUGUAUUCGAUAUCGAACUUCACGAGGAGGAAAAUAAAAACACAAAUCAGGAUGAAUCCGAUGACGACGUUAUCGAACUCAAAGAGGGGGAGUACGACAUGAGCCCUGAUGUUAAUUCCAUGCUUCAAUCCGAAAAUGUCGAAAGAGUUCAACUUUCUGAGCAAAACGUGAAUCCUGGUCAGGAAAAAACGGGUCCUCAGGAUUUCGAAUUAUGCAAGAUUUUAGGCGAAGGCGGAUACGGAAAAGUUUUCCAAGUUCGGAAAGUCACUGGGAAGGACAGAGGAAGCAUUUUUGCGAUGAAGGUAUUACGAAAAGCGUCGAUCAUUCGAAACCAAAAAGACACAGCACACACCAAAGCAGAAAGAAAUAUCUUAGAAGCUGUAAAGCAUCCCUUUAUCGUUGAUUUAAUGUACGCUUUCCAAACUGGAGGAAAAUUAUAUCUAAUUUUGGAAUAUCUAUGUGGAGGAGAACUAUUUACGUAUUUAGACCGUGAGGGAAUUUUUCUAGAAGACACUGCAUGCUUUUACCUUUCGGAAAUAAUUCUGGCUCUACAGCAUCUACACAAUCAAGGAAUAAUUUACAGAGAUUUGAAGCCUGAAAAUAUUUUGCUGGACAGCGAAGGACACGUAAAACUCACCGACUUUGGUCUCUGCAAAGAGCAUAUUCAGGAAGGAACUGUAACCCACACAUUUUGUGGUACAAUUGAAUAUAUGGCACCUGAAAUUCUGACAAGAAGUGGUCAUGGAAAGGCCGUUGAUUGGUGGAGUCUGGGUGCCUUGAUGUUCGACAUGCUCACUGGAAUGCCCCCUUUUACCGGCGCAGACAGAAGGAAAACAAUAGAAAAAAUUCUGAGAGGAAGGUUGGUUCUCCCUCAGUAUCUCACAACCGAAGCGAGAGAUUUGAUUCGCAAAUUGCUAAAAAGACAAGUGAUUCAAAGGUUAGGCUCUGGACCGGAAGAUGCUGAGCAAAUAAUGAAACACAAUUUCUUCAUGCAUAUUAACUGGCAAGAUGUGAUUUCUCGCAAGCUCGAACCUCCCUUCAAACCAUCUUUGAAAAGUGCGGAUGAUACGUCACAAUUUGACGAACAAUUCACAGCAACAGUGCCUGUCGAUUCUCCCGUUGAGAGCACUUUGAGUGAAUCUGCAAAUCUGAUUUUCCAAGGAUUUACGUAUGUAGCGCCGAGCGUUCUGGAAGAAAUGUACACUCAACAGCCAAGAGUUGUUCAUGCCAAAAGUCAAUCGAGACAUUUUUUUGGAAGUAGCCACAGUGGGAAUUUCCACGGAUUCUCGCCAAGAACUCCCGACGCUCAUUUACGUCCCUCUGCCCAAUUUCACCAGCACAGGCAUCACAAUACCGGAAACGACCCUACCGAGGACAUGGAGAUGGACCAGAGUCAAGCACCAGAACAUUUAUAGUGCUCAAAUAAUAAUUCCAGCUCAAAAUAAGAAGCUGCAGUCACCGAACUUCCUUAAUAUUGUAGUAGCCGUUCGAGAUCCGCGCGCGCGAUCUCUCUUCGAUUUGGAAAUCCGGUGGCUCGAUUAGUUAAUUUACCUCUCAAAACAAAAAUUCCUUCGUCUCGAAAAACCCCCUCACUCCUUACCUCCCACCCUCCCGAAUAAUUCCUCUCCAUUCGGAGACGAAGGACUGCUCAGUUUUGAAUCUACCAAUAGGAUAAAAUUACAGAGUGGAGUUAAGUCUGUCAACUGGGCUCCGAAAGGCUAGAGAAUUAAGCCCUUUGAACUUUAAACUAAACAAUCACUAUAUAAGAAUUGAAAAAAAAAGUUAAUAACUAUCAUCAUUUUAUUUAUGUAUCGUGGAAUACAUAAUUCGUAAUCUGGGAAAAAAUGAAAUUACAAUUUGACUUUAGACACGAAAUUUCGGGUUUAUUUGAAACGAGCUUGGCUCUUUUUUUUUUAACUCUCGGAGGCCAAAAGUGAAAUAAAUCGUUCUGAGAAAGAAGAAAAAGAAGCGAGAGCUUUGUAAAUAGUCGUGUAAUGAAACGGAAAUAUGUUUGGUUUCAACAGUAAUUUCGGUUGGUCCAAAGUUAGAAAUAAAAAUUGGUAAUUAUCGUCACUCGAGAGUUUCUUGAACGAUUGAAAGUAGUAUAGCUGCGGUUCUGUUCCAGGCUCAAUUUAUUUAUCAUAGGUAAUUCAGAAUCCUGCACAAUUGACAUUUUUGCCGAUAGGUGGUGCCAUUCUAGGAAUCUGCAUUACCGGCGGUAGGCGAAGUGAGUUUGGAACAUAACCGCAGCUAUACUACUAUUGAAUUCUGAUCAUUUUCGCGGUAGGCUUAGAAAAGGAAGGUUUCCGUAAGCAGGGUGUUUACUUCACCUGGAAAAUCUGGAAUUAUCGGGGAAUUUGUAUAUAUACCUGGAAAAAUCUGGGAAUUAUUAUUGUUUUUUUUUCAGUCAGGGAAUUUUUUGGAGAGGGUGCUUAUUUUUA